AUGGAGGAGAUCGGCAAGCGUUACCUGAAGGGUAUGGGCGUACUUCAGGAAAACGGCCACAACUGGCAGCUAUUGUUCAGGCCGUGCUCUACUCAGAGGCUUUUUUUACCGAACACGCUUCCUGAUGUGGAUGCCGUCCUCUACGCCGACACGGACGUUAUAUUUCUCCAUCCUAUCGAAGAUUUUUGGAGAAUGUUUUAUGCCAUGAAUGAAUACCAGAUGGCUGGCAUGGCACCUGAAACCGAAAACUUAGAAAACAACUACUACUUAAAAAGGAAAAGUGUUCCACCCCCAUGCUCCUACUCUGCCAUUGUCCCUUUCCGGCUACGCGGCGCAGCCACUGCCAUAAUCCAUGGUCUGAAUGCAGGGUUGAUGAUGAUGAACCUAACGCGCCUGCGUGCCUUCGACCUGGAGGACCACAUCACACGUCAGCUCGAGGAGUUCGAGGAGAGAAUUAGUUUUGAAGACCAGGACCUGCUGAACAUCUUAUUCGCCCAAUAUCCUCAAGGAUUAUUCACCUUCUCGUGCCGCUGGAACUACCGUAGAGAGCACUGUCUAGGCGGCGCCCUGUGUGCGGACGGCCCCAUCGCUGCGAUACACGCCUCGCGAAAGGUGGUCCACCACAAGAUAGAGCCGGCGUUCGUCGCUCUUCAUACGGUCAUGGCGAACUUCAAGCUUGGUCAAAAUCUCGUGGAUGACUUUAUCGCUCCUCUCCGCACAAGUCUUCGGAACACAAAUUUGACAGGCUGCACCAAAGAGCUCAGGAAGCAGCUACAUCUACUUAGGCUGGCUGCAAGUCGUGUCGACAACAAGACUGCCCAGGCUGCGGCCGCAAACGAAAUGUAG